AUGUCUCUCUCCCCAGAGCCUCAGCUCAAAGGCGUCGUCACCAAACUGUUCUGCCGCCAGGGUUUCUACCUCCAGGCGAACCCCGAUGGGAGCAUCCAGGGCACCCCAGAGGACACAAGCUCCUUCACCCACUUCAACCUGAUCCCCGUGGGGCUCCGUGUCGUCACCAUCCAGAGUACCAAGCUGGGCCACUACAUGGCCAUGAAUGCUGAGGGGCUCCUCUACAGCUCGCCACAUUUCACAGCUGAGUGUCGCUUUAAGGAGUGCGUCUUUGAGAAUUACUAUGUUUUGUACGCCUCUGCUCUCUACCGCCAGCGCCGUUCUGGCCGGGCCUGGUACCUAGGCCUGGACAAGGAGGGCCGGGUCAUGAAGGGAAACCGAGUCAAGAAGACCAAGGCAGCUGCCCACUUUGUACCCAAGCUCCUGGAGGUGGCCAUGUACCGGGAACCUUCUCUCCACAGUGUCCCUGAGACUUCUCCUUCCAGGCCCCCUGCCCCCUGA